ACAGAACAUAAGAGUGACAGUUUCAAAUAAUGGCGGCAGAUGUUGAUACAAGAAUAAAUACCAAUACGUGGACAAUGUUGUUUCCAAUAGUAAUAAACUUAAUAAUGUCAAUUAUUUGUUACAUGGUAACUGUACGGUUAAUUCCCAAAGUUAAAGACAUGUUUAUAAAGGCGAAUUUGUUUGGAAUUGAUAUGAGCAAAACCACUAGUGAAAAAGUGCCAGAAUCCUUGGGGGUUGUUACAGGAUGCACUUUUUUGAUAACCAUGUUCUUGUUUAUACCGAUUCCUUUUGGAAAUAGCCUUUUUAAUGGGGAUUUUCCUCACGAUGAGUUUGUGGAGUUAAUGGCAGCCCUCCUCUCAAUAUGCUGUAUGCUUCUACUAGGCUUCGCGGAUGAUGUCUUGGACUUAAGAUGGCGCCACAAGCUAUUGCUCCCAACUAUAGCCUCUUUACCAUUGCUUAUGGUAUACUAUGUAAACUUCAACUCCACAACAAUUAUAGUUCCCAAGCCGUUUAGAGAAACUUUAGGAUUUUCUGUGGAUAUAGGAAUUAUCUACUACAUUUACAUGGGUAUGCUGGCUGUUUUUUGCACGAAUGCAAUUAAUAUUUUGGCUGGCGUGAAUGGAUUGGAAGUGGGACAAAGUGUAGUUAUUGCUGUGUCAAUUAUGAUUUUUAAUGUGAUUGAGUUAUCUGGUUCCUUGUGGAAAGCUCAUCAGUUUAGCUUAUAUUUUAUGCUGCCAUACAUUGGAACUACAGUGGCUCUUCUCAAACAUAAUUGGUAUCCUUCAAAGGUGUUUGUUGGCGACACAUUCUGCUACUUUUCUGGAAUGACUUUUGCAGUGGUCGGCAUUUUGGGACACUUCAGCAAAACGACGCUCCUUUUCUUCAUACCUCAGGUAUUCAAUUUCCUGUACUCGUCACCGCAACUCUUCAAAUUGAUACCUUGUCCGCGACACCGCUUGCCCAAGUUCAACUCGAAGACUGAUAGAUUAGAAAUAAGCACCACCCUGUUUAAGUACAGCGAACUGAACAUCCUCGGUAAGUUUGUCGUCCGAUUUUUCAGGAUGUUCAGGUUGAUUCAGUGGAAAGAGACCGACGGCCUCAUCAUCACCAACAAUUUCACCCUGAUCAACCUGGUUUUAUUCUAUUUGGGGCCUCUGCACGAGGCCAAGCUCACGACAAUCCUGAUCACCAUACAGGUGGUUUGUUCGGUAAUAGCGUUUACUAUUAGGUACCCUCUAGCCUCGUACUUUUACGAUGUUUAGAUCGACAAUUUUUUUUUAAUUACCAAAGUACAAAGUGGUGCAAAUAGCGAUAACACAAAAAAUAUUUUAAUUUUUUCCCCGAAUGCAUUUAAUUAUCUAUGUAAGGUACUAAAGACUUUAUUUUUAAUUGUAUUUUGUAAAUAUAUUUUAAUGGUUUAAACUGUGUUUAGUAAACCUAUGGACCGGAUUUUAUGCACGGCGUAGAUAGUGAUUUUUUUUUAGUAAGUGGUUAAUUAGGUUAAUAUGUCACCUCAAAUACAUUACUUAAUAAAUAUUUCGCAAUUAAUCUAAAUUAUAGAAAAAAUCACUAUGCAUAGAUAAAAAUAAAAACCAAUUUUAAUAAUUACUAACUUUGUUAAGGCUGUGCUUAUAUUAUAUAAAUACUUUUCCAUACUAACGAAUUUAUAGGUUUAAUGGUUUAUUUUUAAACUUGAAUUUUCUAUUAAAUUUAAAAUAUUUUGAGGCCAAUCAUCACUCUAGAGAUAAUUGACAAAGCACGUUAUUUUUAUUAAGUACUAGUACUAUAUUAUAAUGUGUAUGUAAAUAUAAAAUAAUCUAUAUUUAA